AUGACAGAAAUAAGUAAUAAUCGAUCGAUUGUAGCUAGUGUUAAAGAGAAUAAUGGUAAAACCGAUGAAGUCGCCAUAACUCAUUGCAUAUUUGAUAUGGAUGGUUUGCUAUUGAAUACUGAAGAAAUCUAUUAUGAAGUAACAUCCGAAAUUUUGGCAAGAUUUGGGAAAACUUAUUCAUUAGAACUCAGAUCACGUUCACUUGGUCUUCGUCAACAAGAGUCUGCUGUCCUCUUAGUAAAUGAAACAGGUAUUGAUAUUACGGCGGAUGAAUUUCGUAAGGAACGACAUGAAAAAAAUCUUGAAAGAUUUCCAUUUGCAAAACCUAUGCCUGGUGUUAUGAGACUUGUAGCUCAUUUGAAAAAACACAAAAUUCCAAUAGCGGUGGCAACAAGUUCAAAUCGUGAAAGUUUCAAUGUUAAAGCUUCCAAUAAUAAAGAAUUAUUCGAUAUGUUUGAUAGUAUUACUUGUGGGGACGAUGCAAAUGUCAAGAAUGGUAAACCUGCACCGGACUUAUUUCUUACAGCAUGUGAAGGGAUUGGUAAUCCUCCUAAGAAUCAAUGUUUGGUAUUCGAGGACGCAAUCAAUGGAAUUAAGGCUGCAAAGAAUGCAAAUAUGAAGGUCGUUGGUUUUACAGAAGCACUACGUGGUCUAAACAAAACUGAUAAAAUUCGUGUAAAUGCUGUUGCACCUGCAUUUGUUGAAACGAAUAUGGUGGACGAUCUUUUAAAAGCAAAGCCUACUCUUGUAGAAUAUAUUGAGAAAAUUGGUCUUAUUCCUAUGGAUAAAGUGAUUGAUGCUUUUAUAACGCUCAUUCAAGAUGACAAAUUUGCCG